AUGGACAUCACACGCGAGGUGAAUGGCAUCGGCAACCGUGCCGGCCUCACCAACCUUAGCCCCACGUGUUUCGUUGCACCAAAAGCUACCGGCAUAGUCUCACUCAUUCUUCAAUUCGCUAUAUUGGUGGUUAGCGUCCUAGUCGCCUUAUUCUUCUUCUACCAUGUCGGAGGUUACGAGUAUAUGAGUUGGAAUGAGAACUCCACUAUUCUCGAGCCGAUCUCUCAUGCAAGACCUCUCGACAGCUCUGCACUAGAAGCGCCAGUUACUUCCGAACCACACAACGUUUCUCCAGUAGAGGAUAAAGCUGCUCUCGUGGAAAGUGUUGAUCCCAAACUAAAUGUCAAUUCCAAUACGAGCAGUCUUCUCAGUAUUGAGCAAGUGCCAAAUACAACUAUCUACCUGGAUUUCCUGGUGUGA